UGUACUCGAAGGAUUGGAGGGCUAUUCUGCUUGUCUGUAUCCCCUUUAACGCUUGAGUUAGCGAGCCGUGUGUGCUUAAGAUUCAGGGCCCCGCCUCCCACACUCAGCGUCCGAACCAACUCCUGUAGCGUCCACCAUAGCCUCUAAUGACUGAUCUCAAAUCAAGCACCGAGCACUGUGGCACCGAAACGGUGUGGAGGAAAUAGAAGAUGGAGUAAUAGCGACACGUCUUUCACACUCUCCUUCAUUUUCUUUGAUGGAUUUGCGUCUUCACUGGAGCUUUACCUACAUCAAUUGCACGAUCGGACUUUGAGUGGAAAUGGCAUCCGACAACAUACAGCGUAGUUACUCUAUCAUACCAUGCUUCAUAUUUGUGGAGUUGGUCAUCAUGGCUGGCACGGUGCUGCUGGCCUACUACUUUGAGUGCACCAGCUCAUUUGGGAUCCACAUCCAGGGCUUCUUCUGCAACGAUGCCGACCUGAUGAAACCCUACCCUGGCAUGGAGGAGAGCAGUUUCAUCCCACCACUCAUCCUCUACUGCGUGGUGGCUGCCACACCCACUACUGUUAUCUUCAUUGGGGAGAUCUCAAUGUACAUCAUGAAGUCAACCAGAGAGGCCCUCAUUGCCCAGGAGAAAACCAUCCUUACUGGGGAGUGCUGCUACCUGAAUCCACUCAUUCGCAGAAUCAUCAGGUUUAUUGGUGUCUUUGCAUUUGGCCUGUUUGCGACAGACAUCUUUGUGAACGCCGGGCAGGUGGUGACAGGCAACCUGGCGCCCUACUUCCUCAGUGUCUGCAAGCCAAAUUACACAGGCAUGGAGUGCCGCUUCAGCCACCAGUUCAUCUCCAACGGGAACAUCUGCACGGGCAACCAGGUGGUGGUGGAGAGAGCCAGGAGGUCCUUCCCAUCUAAAGAUGCCUCGCUCAGUGUCUACUCUGCUGUCUAUGUCACUAUGUACAUCACGAGCACCAUUAGGACGAAGAGCAGUCGUCUGGCCAAGCCAGUACUCUGUCUGGGGACUCUGUGUGCGGCUUUCCUGACUGGUUUGAACCGGGUCUCUGAGUAUCGCAACCACUGCUCAGACGUCAUUGCUGGCUUCGUCUUGGGAGGCACCAUGGCUCUUUUUCUGGCACUGUGCGUGGUGAACAACUUCAAAGGGGCCCACUCAAGGCCCGUCAAACGGAACAUAGAGGAUUACCGCAGCCUCCCACUGAUGACAUUUCCCCGCGUGGAAAGUCCUCUCGAGACCCUCAGUGCCCAGGGAAAAUCCAUGAAGACAGCCCUAUUGACGACCAGCCAGCCAAACAGACCUUCUGCUCUAACGGGCAUCUGUGCUUCAGAGUGGGGCGGAGAAUUCCUCCACACUCUUGGCAAAUGCAAGAGGCACAAAUCCACCAGCGUAUCACAAUUCAGGAUGGCCCGUCAGGGAAAAUGCCAUGCGCGAUGAAACCCAAUGUGUGUGGUAAGCCGAGGGGAAAAUCAGGCACCCUGUCAUCCUGUUCUUACGAAGAUGAGCAAGACAUACAAAAUGGUUGAUUCGGGAGGAAAUGGGGUCGAAAAUGAUGCCUGGCUCUUCUCUUCUUCCAUCUCACUGUUGUGUAAUCAGACUUUGAAAUGGGGUGGGGUUCAUGCAAAGUGACAAGGAAACCUUGGUGCACAUCACUUUGACUCCAGUCCUUUCUGUCUUUCAGAACCAUUCAACAUCAAUGACUGAAGUCACUUGACUAAGGGGCCGGCACAGAGUCACCUUCGCUUCACCUCAACACUUCUAGGCACAAGAUGUUUUUGUACUGUCGCAUACUGUAUAAACAGACAAAUAAAGAAUAGUAUUAUGUUGUACCAAGUUAGAGGCAGACAUUUUGUACAUUUUGUAAAAGACAGUGCUGUAGCUUCCUCUUCUGUUUUCUCUGAUGGAUUACAUGCAGGAGGUAAGCCUUCCUUGCCAUGUUUUCAUCAAAGUCAAACACAGUCUAUAUAUGAUAUUGAAAUGUCGAUGUUGUUAUGUGGUAUUUGUACAAAGAAUUAUUUUAUUCCAUUUUUUUCUGUAAAUUUUUUGACAAAGAUCAUCUUUUUUGUAUUAUUUUUGUUAUCUGUAUAAAACAUUUUGAUUAACUUUUGCCUGCUGUUUUUCCAGGAAUGUUUUUGGUAUUCCUAUUUUUUGAUGUAAAAUUAUGUAAAAUACACAUUGAAUUGUGAUGCAUUAAUUUUCCAAUGGCAUCUUUAAAUUGCCAUUAGCUGAGCAUGAAAGUACACAGAAUUGUUUGACAAACUGUUCCUUUCUUUCCCAAUUGUAUAUUGUUUUCAUUUGCGGUUUGCAUUUCAUUUGAAAUGCUACAUAUAUAUUUUUUGAUUUGUCUGUCAAAUAAAUAGUCUGUUGCUGAA